GGAAAUCAAUCGUUUGUUUCCCCAACGGAUAAGAUAUUUCUCCCCGCGUCGCCGUGACAUGGCGACGGCGCUAUCUUCCAUAUUGCCGCUGACGGCGCAUAGCUCUCUCUCCGCAUCCACUUUCAACAAUCCUCCAUCCCCCCUGUGGCUAACAACGCAAUUUCUUCGUCCCUUCGCUCCCUCUCUUCGGACGAAAUCACCAUUUUCACCGCCGAGCUCCGUUAAUGUCCCGUCGGCUGGACAGCAAAGCGGUGACAUUUCGAUGAGCAUUGACGUUCUUAAACGCUUCAUUGACCUCAACUCCGGCAGUUGGAAGGGUUCUCUCCAUCAAUUCGAUUGUAAUGGGAAUUUGCUAUAUAAGAUUAGUACAAAGCUUGCUGCGAGCUCGUAUGGAGAAAAUGAACUCAUGAGUUUGAUUCAGUCGCUAUACAUCAGGCAGCCUCCAUUAAGCCCUGAAGACGAGCCAGAGUGGUUUGAAUACAAGAUUAAGGAGACCAACAUGUUUACGGUGGACAAAUAUCAGCAGAUUGGGUUCUUUCCUAAAGAGAAGGCAUUUGCAUUGAGAUACCAGACAGCUGGAAUGUUGGAAACAGUUUUGAGAAAAGGGGUUCUAGGUGAAGAUGAUAUUGGAGAAGAAUUUCCCAGAAAUUUAAAGCUUCCUUCUCGAAGGCCUUCACUAGUGUGUGAGAACUGCCUCUACUCAUUGGAACAAGAUGCACGAGUCAGAGCUUUCCAUAUCAUGGAUCCCAAAGGUGUACUUGACAUGCUUCUUGUAUUCCUGGAAGAAAGAGGAAGUGGGGUGAUUCCUCACCCUUCCUUUGACGAUUCUAUGGAUUUAGACAGGAUUACUCCUCAUUUAGGCACAUGGAAGGGUCGCUCUGUAACAAAACGAAGUGGUGUUUACGGUGCUACAAUAGCUGAAGCAGAUACUGUUGCGAUACUUGAAAUGAACAAGAAUGGUCAACUUGUUCAGGAUAUAAAAUGUACAUCCGAUGGCAGUGAUGUAACCACCUCUGUGAACUGGACGGGUUCCAUCUCGAAUAACCUGGUCACCUUUGGUGGUGGUUUCCAGUUCACUUUAUUGCCUGGUGGCAUGUAUAUGGGAUGUCCUUCGGAUGUGGCAAAGAGCGUGCAAGAAUCCAAGUCAUUCCAUUUGGAACUUUGCUGGCUGGAGUCACCUGGCAAGAGACAACGAUUGGUUCGGACAUAUGAUGUGGAGGGGUUGGCAGUGUCAUCGACAUAUUAUCUGGAAACAAGACAAUGAGUUUGAUGGAUCUGCUUGUGCUGUAUCCUAACGCUUGCAUCAUGCGACCAUCUUUCUUGCCCUCAUCAACAUCAUCCGGAUCUGUAAAUGCCAAGAGCCAGAAUCAAAGUAUUGAUAUACUCACAUUUAUGUGAGUUGACUUUAGUUGAUUUGGAUAAAUUUGAUAUGAAUGCAAGUAUUUAAUAUGCAUCUUACCAAAGCUACAGAUUAAUUUCCAUCCUUGUAUUAUCUAGCCCUUCUAAAGUACAUUGUAACUUUGGUAUAUAUUGUACACUCCUUUUCCUUAGAGAGUGGAAAUCAAGUUCAA